UCAUUUUUUCAUAAUUAUAUAUAUUUUUAAAUGCUCUAUAAAAAUAAUACUCAUCAUUUUCUUAUUAUUUUUUAUUUUUUAAAAAGUAUUGAUGUUAAUAAUAAGUUAUAUAAUUAUUUAUUUAAUUCUUGAUUUUUAUAAAAAUUUUAAAUUCGUCUUGAAUAAGUUUCGUUUAUGAUUGUUAAUAAUUAAUUGUAUUUUUAUAUUGAAAAUCCUACAGAAUCAUGUUUAACUAAUAAUUUAUUGAAAAUAUUUGAUUAAUAAUUAUAAAUUUUACUAUAAAAAUUUAGUUAUUUUUAUAUCAAUGGUUUCCAAAAGCUAUAUACUAAUAUAUUAAUAGUUUAGAAAAUGCAAGGUUUUAAGUUGAAAUGGGUGCAUUUAUGUCGCUAUGUUUUUAUCGUCCCUUUUGUCAGAGAGUUUUUGGAUUUCUCUGUUGGUUUAAAUUAUAUGCUUUACGAAAUUAAGCAAGAUUUAUUAUAUAUAUGAAAAAUGAGUUCGUGGUCGCCCACAUGAUAGAGAGAAAGGGAUCGUAAUUAAUAUUUUUCUAAUUAAUUAAUAAUAAUAAUAUGAUGAAAGAAAUAGUAAGGACAAAUCAACCAUUUUAUAUGGAUUAGGACAUAAAACUUCCUAAUGAAAAAUUAAAACUAAAAACCAAUCAUAAAUUACACCAAAGUAUAGGGACAAUUUGUAUACUUUGUCCUAAUAAUAUUAGGCCUGCCAAACCUAAACCUGUUGGACAACUUCAUAAGCCGUGUAUUUAAACCCUUUAAUCUCCCACAUACAACCCCGGAAAAUUAUAGCUUUAACAACUUCAUAAUUUCCUACAAAAAAUUUUCUUUCAAUAUUUUAUCAACAAAAUUUCAACCUCUUUCCACAAAAUAUUUCUGGGUUUUGCAAAAAAGUCAAAAAGAAAUGGAGCGUUCCAACGGACAUACCACAAAUGGGAGUUUAUACGUGAAUGAUCCUUUGAAUUGGGGUGCUGCGGCAGCAACGUUAAGCGGGAGCCACCUGGAUGAAGUGAAGAAAAUGGUGGAGGAGUAUCAGAAUCCGGUGGUGAAAUUGGGUGGCACAAGACUGACUAUUGCUCAGGUAGCAGCUGUAGCCACUAGGCAUGCGAACGACGUUCAUGUGGAGUUGUCGGAAUCUACUCGUGAUGGAGUUACAGCUAGCAGUGAUUGGGUGAUAAACAACAUAUUGAAAGGUAGUGAUACCUAUGGAGUCACCACCGGUUUUGGUGCCACCUCUCAUCGGAGAACCAAGGAAGGUGGUGCUCUUCAACAUGAGCUCAUUAGAUUCUUGAACGCCGGUAUCUUUGGUACAGCGGUGGGAUCAUCAGACCACACACUCCCGCAAUCAACCACAAGAGCCGCCAUGUUAGUCAGAAUAAACACCCUCCUCCAAGGCUACUCCGGCAUCCGAUUCGAAAUCUUGGAAGCUAUUACAAAGUUUCUCAACCACAACAUCACCCCAUGCCUACCCCUUCGUGGCUCCAUCACAGCCUCCGGCGACCUUGUGCCACUAUCAUACAUUGCCGGACUCUUGACCGGCCGCCCAAAUUCCAAGGCUGUUGGUCCCACCGGAGAAUUGAUUGAUGCUGCCUCCGCUUUCAAUCAUGCCGGUAUCAACACCGGUUUCUUUGAGUUACAACCUAAAGAAGGACUUGCAUUAGUCAACGGGACAGCUGUGGGGUCGGGGAUGGCAUCUGUGGUUCUUUUCGAAGCUAAUAUCAUUGCAGUUUUGUCGGAGGUGUUAUCCGCCAUUUUUGCUGAAGUCAUGCAAGGAAAGCCCGAGUUUACUGAUCAUCUGACACAUAAACUCAAGCAUCACCCUGGCCAGAUUGAAGCAGCUGCGAUAAUGGAACACAUUUUGGAUGGUAGUUCCUACGUUAAAGAAGCGAAAAGGAUACACGACAUAGACCCACUUCAAAAGCCAAAACAAGAUCGUUAUGCUCUUCGGACAUCACCACAAUGGCUAGGUCCGCUUAUUGAAGUGAUACGUACGUCUACGAAGUCAAUCGAGAGGGAGAUUAAUUCGGUUAAUGAUAACCCAUUGAUUGAUGUGUCAAGGAAUAUUGCACUUCAUGGAGGAAACUUUCAAGGCACCCCAAUAGGUGUUUCGAUGGAUAAUACUCGGUUAGCGAUAGCAUCGAUAGGUAAACUCAUGUUUGCUCAAUUCUCGGAGCUUGUAAAUGACUUUUACAACAAUGGGUUGCCAUCUAAUCUCUCUGGAGGACGAAAUCCAAGUUUGGAUUAUGGAUUUAAAGGAGCUGAGAUUGCAAUGGCAGCGUAUUGUUCGGAACUACAAUUCCUUGCUAACCCUGUAACCAAUCACGUCCAAAGUGCUGAGCAACAUAACCAAGAUGUUAACUCACUCGGGUUAAUCUCUUCACGUAAAACAGCUGAAGCUGUUGAGAUUCUGAAAUUGAUGUCGACGACUUACUUAGUGGCAUUAUGCCAAGCAGUUGACUUGAGGCACUUGGAAGAGAACCUCAAGUCGAGUGUAAAGAAUUUGGUUAGCCAGGUUGCGAAAAAGGUCUUAAACACUGGGCCUAAUGGUGAGCUUCAUGCAUCUCGAUUUUGUGAAAAAGACAUGCUUACGAUUGUAGAUCGGGAGCAUAUAUUUUCAUAUAUUGACGAUCCGUGUAGUGCAACUUACCCUCUCAUGCAAAAGCUAAGACAAGUUAUGGUUAGUCAUGCACUUGCAAAUGGUGAAGCGGAAAUGGACACAAGUACCUCAAUCUUCCAAAAGAUUGGUGCUUUCGAGGAUGAACUCAAAGCCCUUUUGCCAAAUGAAGUUGAAAGCGUUAGGGUUGAUCAUGAAGGUGGAAAAUUGGCGAUUUUUAACCGAAUUGAGAAAUGUAGAUCGUACCCAUUGUAUAAAUUUGUGAGAAAAGAACUUGGAACUUCUUAUUUGACUGGAGAGAAGAUAAUGUCACCUGGAGAGGAGUUUGAUAAGGUGUUCUCCGCGAUAUCGGCUGGAAAAUUGAUUGAUCCAUUGCUCGAUUGUUUGAAGAUGUGGGAUGGGACUCCACUUCCUAUUUCAUAAGUAAAGGUUAAUACAUUGAGUUAUUGUUUAUGAAACGACAAUUUUUAAUUUAAAGUUCGUAGUUAGAUAGGAAAAUUGAGGAUUAUGCAUCUAAAAACUGUGGGAUAAUCAAACUGUUGUAUAAAGUUUCUAUUUUGUUUUUCGUUAUAGUUCACGGGAUGAUUUAUUUUGACGA